CGCAUUUGGCCGCGCGACCCAUCUUGUCCAGAGUGCGAGAGCGCGCUGCGAACGAAAAUUACUGUAUUUCUGGAGUCUUGUCGCUCUGCAUAUUACUUGCAAGUUGCGCUUCAAUUUUUACCCCCCCAAACGUUACAUUACGAAGGUUCAGCGAUGUUGCAGAAGAUCAAGGGUGGAUCGGUGGUGGAGAUGCAAGGCGAUGAGAUGACCAGAGUGAUCUGGGAGCUCAUCAAGGAGAAGCUCAUCUUCCCUUAUGUAGAGCUGGACCUGCACAGUUACGACCUGGGCAUAGAGCACCGGGAUGCCACGGAGGAUCGAGUCACCGUGGAGGCAGCGGAGGCGGUGCGGCGCUACAACGUCGGCAUCAAGUGUGCCACCAUCACGCCCGACGAGAAGCGUGUGGAAGAGUUCAAGCUCAAGCAGAUGUGGCGUUCGCCCAACGGCACCAUCCGCAACAUCCUCGGCGGCACCGUGUUCCGUGAGGCCAUCAUCUGUAAGAACAUCCCGCGCCUCGUGUCUGGUUGGGUCAAGCCCAUCAUCAUCGGCAGACAUGCCCACGGAGACCAGUACAAGGCCACGGAUUUUGUGGUGCCGGGACCGGGCCGAGUGGAGAUGACGUACACGCCAAACAGCGGGGAGCCCGUCACCUUCGUCGUGCACGACUUCAAAGGCAGCGGGGGUGUGGCGCUGGGCAUGUACAACACGGACACGUCCAUCCGGGACUUUGCCCACAGCUCCUUCCAAAUGGCCCUGAGCAAGAGGUGGCCGCUCUACCUCAGCACCAAGAACACGAUCCUGAAGAAGUAUGACGGGCGCUUCAAGGACAUCUUCCAGGAGAUCUACGAGAAGGAGUACCAGGGCAAAUUUGAGGCCGAUGGCAUCUGGUACGAGCACCGCUUGAUUGACGACAUGGUUGCUCAGGCCCUCAAGUCGGAGGGGGGCUUCAUCUGGGCCUGCAAGAACUACGACGGAGACGUGCAGUCGGAUUCCGUGGCACAAGGGUAUGGUUCACUGGGUAUGAUGACCAGCGUGCUCGUCUGUCCGGACGGGCGAACUGUGGAGGCGGAGGCUGCUCACGGGACGGUGACCCGACAUUAUCGGAUGCAUCAGCAGGGCAAGGAGACGUCCACCAACCCCAUCGCCUCCAUCUUUGCGUGGACCCGGGGGCUGGCGCACCGCGCACGGCUGGACGGGAACAAGGAGCUGCGGGCGUUCGCCGACACCCUGGAGGCCGUGUGUGUCGAGACCAUCGAGGCGGGUUUCAUGACCAAAGAUCUGGCUGCCUGCAUCAAGGGCCUCCCCAACGUCCAGCGCUCAGACUACCUCAGCACCUUCGAGUUUCUCGACAAGCUGGCGGAGAACCUGAAGCUGAAGCUCUCCAGCCAGCCCAAGCUGUGAGUCACCCGCGCGGCCGGCAGCACGUGGGACGCGCACCCGUGGACCGCAGACGAGGCUGCGCUCAUCGAGACGGCCUCUUUGGGAAUGUUAACGGAGCGAACCGGCCCUACCUGCGCGGACAGCGGGCGGCACACACACGCCACACCACGCACCCAACUCUCGCUGUCGCUCAGCCAGCGGCGACAGCAGCACCGGGAAGGUCUCGCCGCUUCCUGAGACCCGCAAAAUCCACGGCGCUCAAUGGCCUGAGUGUUUCCCGCUGCCCGUCGGGUGCCACGGACUUCACUGGCGGAAGUGCUGCCCUUGCACUUCCACUGUGUUUGCGUUUAGCUGUGCGUGUGUGUGUGUGUCUCUCUGUCUCUCUUUCCCUCAAAGGCAACGAUUUGCUUAUUUCCCCACUGAGAAAACGUGUCCAUGUCACUUCCGUAGCUCCGAACACACAGUUCACGUGUGAUUUUUAGUCGCAUUUCUAAUGUUAAUAAAGCUCUUCGGUCGUCCAGUUUGUUGGAGUGAAACCUGCUCACAUUUUAAAGCUGCCGGCACUACUGUGUACCUAGAAAAGAAGCCUUUUUUAAAGUGAUACGUUGAAGAAUUCACGUUCCAUGUGGUGGAGAUGCUCUGUAGGCUUGUGCCCCACUGUCCUCCCAGGAUGAACACAAUAAAUGGUGUUUUGAAGAAAAACUGAUUCUUCUUCUCAAAG